UUCUCUUUGGGUUUUCUUCUCUUUCAUAGACCCUUCAUAUCCUCUCUUUCUUUUGAUUCAAACCUCAAACAUUCAUCUUCUGAUCAUCCAUUAAUCCAUCUGUGUGCAUGAACUCAUCACCCCCCCAUUAAAUACAAAUCAAAAGCCUUUUAAUUACUGUUUUCAUGGCAGGAUCCAUGAACAACUGGUUAGGGUUCUCACUCUCACCUCAAGAUCAGCAACAAAUGGUUGAUUCACAAACAUCUAUUGUUGAUAACUUCAACUCUGAUGACAUUUCCGGCACCGGUAGUGAAUGCUUUGAUCUUGGUUCCACCGCCGUUCACUCCACCAUACCUUCUCUCAACCUCCAUCCUCCGUAUGGCAUACUUCAACCCUAUCAUAAUCACCAUGAUUGGAACAUGAAAGGGAGCUCGGAGUUGUCGGUUUUAAUGGCCGGUGGUGGUUCAUGCAACGGUGAAAACCCUGAAAUACAACCUCCAAAGUUCGAAAAUUUUCUAAGUGUUGGUAAUGGCGGAGAUUAUAUGUACUCCACUAUGCAACUUCCGCCUCAACCGGCGGUGACAGAGGUAACAACCACCACACACGAUACCACCAGAGGAAGCAACAACAUGACCAAUAACAGUAGUAUUGGUCUUUCCAUGAUAAAGAACUGGCUCAGAAAUAACCCAACUCCAUCUAAUCAAAACACCACUACCACAAGACCACCGCUUAAUCAAGAAAACGACAACGGGACAGGGACGGCGGUGACAGGUGGUUUUACUGGUUGUGGUAGAAGCAACGAGCUAUCUUUAUCCAUGAGCACCGGCGAUACUGGUGCGUUUGUUGUCAGUGGCGGUGGAGACAGUUCUUCUUCCGAUAAUAAACGGCAGCAAAUGGAGGUGGCAACUACCGUAGAUAGUGAAAGCGGCGGUGUGACGACGGAAGUGGUGCCCCGAAAAUCAAUCGAUACGUUUGGACAAAGAACUUCCAUUUACCGUGGUGUCACAAGACACAGAUGGACGGGGAGAUACGAGGCUCAUUUAUGGGACAAUAGUUGCAGAAGAGAAGGACAAGUUCGCAAAGGAAGACAAGUUUAUUUGGGUGGUUACGACAAAGAAGAUAAGGCAGCAAGAGCUUAUGAUUUAGCUGCAUUGAAAUAUUGGGGUACCACAACUACGACAAAUUUCCCUAUUAGCAACUAUGAGAAGGAGAUCGAGGAGAUGAAACACAUGACAAGACAAGAAUACGUAGCAUCACUUAGAAGGAAAAGUAGCGGUUUUUCUCGAGGUGCUUCCAUCUAUAGAGGUGUGACAAGACACCAUCAACAUGGAAGAUGGCAAGCAAGAAUUGGAAGAGUUGCAGGGAACAAAGAUCUUUACUUGGGAACUUUUGGCACACAGGAAGAAGCUGCUGAGGCUUAUGACAUUGCUGCCAUCAAAUUCCGUGGACUGAAUGCAGUCACAAACUUUGAAAUCAACAGAUACGACGUUAAAUGCAUACUUGAAAGCACCACCUUGCCGGUUGGUGGUGCAGCUAAACGUCUCAAGGAUGCAGAACAAGCCGCUGCCACUGAGUUACUUCGGGCUGCAAAAGAUGAUCACUUGACCACCCAACUGACCCACGAAGGACUCAACAGUUAUGGCACCAUGACAUGGCCGAGCUCCAUCAACUACCACCACCAAGCCCUGGCUCAAGCACAGGCGCAACCGUUUAGCAUGCACUAUCCACAACACUAUAACGCCUCGAACCAACAACGAUUAUGGUGCAAACAAGAACAACAGGAACCCGAUGGUCAAAGUUUCCAAGACCUUCAACAGAUUCAUCAGUUUUUCCAACCUGCACCCAACUCUUCGGUGCUUCAUAACCUCAUGAAUUUGGAUUCAUCUUCAAUGGAACAUAGUUAUAGCAGUGGCGGAGGAGGUGAUCACCAGGUUGUGGGAUAUGGUGGCGGGGGUUAUAUGAACCAGAUUAUGGCUACUGCAACUACUGCUGACUCGUCACAUGAUGGUGAUGGAAACUUGUAUUACCAUCACCAGGGAUCCGGUUUUGGAGGUUGGGUGCCGACUGCCAUACCAACGCUUCCAGCAAGAACCGCCAACCUGGUGGUGGCUAAUGGCGGCGCUCCCACAUUCACGGUUUGGAACGACACAUAGUGAAGAUUGCUUGUAUCACAUGAGUACCAUGCACACAAAUUGAGAUUUUUAGAUGCUUCUUAUGCAAAUUUCUGUUCUUGAUGAACUGGGAAAGAAGAGGAUUAUUAAUUUUAGGG